CGAGUAGACCGGCUCGUCCGGCCGCGCUCCUGGACAGCCGUUGGCGCAGGUCUCGCGGACGCGACAGCCGCAGCAAAGCGCUGCGAGAAGCGAGUGGUCCGCCGCGCGCACGCCAUCGCUCCGUGCGUGGGCCUCUAGGACAAUAAGAAGACGCCGCACGUCGACGCCGCCGAGGCCGCACACCGCCACCGACGCCGCGCGCCACCGCCGCGUACGAAACACCGCGAGAAAGAAGCAUGAUCCUCCGCAUUCGAACGAAGGCCGGCACCUGGCGCCUCGAGGUCGAGGGCCCGCAGACCACAAUAGGAGCCGUCAAACAACUCAUAGAACAGCAAAAGAACGUCCAGGCCGCCCAACAAACGCUGUCCAAAGAUCCGAAAGGAGACAAACCUCUAGAUGACGCUGCUACGUUACAACAGUGCCGACUGGGAGACAACGGCGCGAUGGUCCACCUAAUUGUGGGCGAGGCCGUCGCCCUCCCGCCACCGCCCCAAAAGGAGGACCGCGGCAUUAAAGGAGCAGCAAGAGUUAAAAUAGGCGCCGACGGGAAGAUCACCGCGACGGAGUAUGACGACUACUGCUCGUCCAAAGGUUUUAGGCCGGGCCAGGCGGCGCUGGGCGACAUCAAGAAGGCCUGGACCCUGACGGACUUCCUGGAGAUGGACGACCAGUUCAACUUCAAGAUCAAGCGCCAGGAAAAGGCCUUUUGCCAUGGGGUGUCGCUGGACUCGAACGCCUGCGUGUCGUUCCAGGCCUACGUGCAGCAGCUCGGCUGGCGGAGACAACGGGUAGGGUACCUAUACGGGUCUUUUGAUGAUGAAAAAAAUGUGACAGUGGAGGCGAUCUACGAGCCGCCGCAGGAGGCGUCUGUGACUGUGUCCUUUUUUGCUCGACGGUGAGCCAUCGACUGGCCGUCGCGGCGCCGGCGUCGGGGCGACCGCGCGCGCCCUCGACGCCAUCGACGCGACGCGAACACCACGCAGGUCCGAGCGCGGCUUCGAGCUCCUCGAGGACGACCGCGCCGAAGAUGUGGCGGCGUUGGCCGCUUUAUUAGGCCUACAAAGGGUGGGCUGGAUCGUCGCCUGCCCGCCGCGCGAGGAGGGCUUCAUCCUGAGCGGAGAGGAGGUCAUCACGGCGGCCCUCGAGCAGUUGGAAGCGGCCGACGGUGUGAACGAGACGCCCUUUGUUACUGUGAGAGUAUCCGUCGCGGAGACGGGCGAGGCCUCGUUUGAAGCGUACCAGGUCUCGAAGCAGUGCAUGGCCAUGGUCGCGGAAGGCGCUUUGGCUCCGGACGACGACAAUUUGACGUCCGUCUUGGUGCACGAGACGUACACGGCCAUAGUAGAGGGCAAGAGAGCAGAAGCCGUCGACACGCCCUUCUUCCUCUGCAACGUGCCCGUCAAGCAGCACCAGUCUUCAUGUUAUGCGUCCAAAUUCCCGAAGGAGAACCGCCUGGUCCCGCAGACGCGCGACGACCUGAAGGAACUUUUGAAACAAUCGCGGUCCGCGACGGGGAAUUUUGUCGAUGCUUUAGCUGAUUUCGGGGUCCUGCUGUUCCUCAUGAGUUUCCCGGACAUCUUCGACCGGCAGGGCUUCGUGCCCGCGGUCUGCGCGUCGGUCGUCGACCGGGCGGUGCCGCUCGACGAGGGCUACGGGCUGAUCCUGGCGUCGUUCUCGGGCCUCGACUUCUAAGUGUUAGU